GUGGUCAGUAUAGUUGACGAAAUCAUUAUUGAUGCUCCAUGGAGUUAUGAUAGUUGUCCUAACUGUACAACCACAUUAGAUCCAUCAAAAGGUGGCUCAGCUUGCCAUUCUUGCCGUACCAGUGUGAUCGAUACAGUUCCACGGUAUAAAUUAAAUGUUAGGAUGGAGCAUAAUGGGGACAAAGGAAACUUCCUUCUCUGGAAUGCAACAUGUAUCAAGCUGUUUGGUAAGAUUGCUGAAGAAUGUCGAGAUGAGUUGAUAGCGGUUGGGGAUGAUAUUAAAGUGUUUCCAACGUGUGUUGAUGAAAUCCUGUCGAAAACUUGGGCUGUCAGAUUUAAGUUCCGUUCACAAUUACGCCAAUCAUUUGUGUUGGAUGUGAGUAAAGAACUCCAUCAUAUUCAAUCAUUGAUAGCCACCCUUGGGUUGAAGGAACAAUCAAGUAAGGGAAAAGGAAUAACUGUUGAGCCAGAAAGUUCACCACCAAUUUUUGUUCCCACGCCAGUUGUUGCAGAAAUCGAACUACUCAUGGACAUAUAUGCUGAACGAAGGAAGCGUAGGAAAACUAUUUUACAAGAACGAAAAAGACAACGUUCAGCUACUAAUGACAACUUACAGUGUAUCUCACAAUGUAGUCCAACCAUUAACCAUAAUAAUAACCCUACUACAAGCUUCCAAUCUACACCACCAUCACACGGGACUUUAUCUAUAAAUGAUUCUGAACGUUACUCAAAAAGACAUACAGUCAAUGUUUCUUGCAUCCAGAGAAAUUUGAUGUCAUCUUUUGAGCAUAAAAAAAAUAGAACAACUGCUUCUACAUCCACAUGCCAAGGUAGUAAUCCUUAUUCCAAUAUGACACAGUCAGACAUUCAUAGAGAUAAACAUGAGAGAGCAACUAACACUACACAGCAUAAUCAAUUUGUCGCCCAUGAUAGCUCACAUUCCACCGAUAAUGAUGCAGUUGUUGCAGAAAUCAAACUACUCAUGGACAAAUAUGCUGAAAGAAGGAAGCGUAGGCAAAGUAUUUUACAAGAACGGAAAAAACAACGUUCAGCUACUAAUGAAAACUUGCAGUCUAACUCACAAUGUAGUGCAACCAUUAACGAUAAUAAUAACCCCGCUACAAGCUUCCAAUGUACACCACCAUCACACAAAACUUUAUUUAUGAAUGAUUCUAGACAUUGCUCAAAAAGACAUACAAUCAAUGUUUCUUCCAUCCAGAGAAAUUUGAUGUCAUCUUAUGACAAUCAAAAAGAUAUAACAACUGCUUCUACAUCCACAUGCCAAGCCAGUAAUACUUAUUCCAAUAUGACACAGUUGGACAUUCACAGAGAUGAACAUCAGACACCAAUUAACACUACACAGGAUGAUUAAUUUGUCGGCGAUGACAACUCAGAUUCCACUGAUGAUGAUGUAAAUAUGACACAGGAAAACAUUGAUAUAGAAUACUCAUUAAAUGACCCAACAAUAGAUGAUCUUGAUGAUUAUGAUGAACAGACCUUUCUAUCUGCCUCAUCUGUAUACCAAAAUACAGGAUGCAUGAUAUGCUUGAUGAACAGAUUAUCAUUGCAAUCAAAGACAUGCUUGAUCAUCACAAUCACUAUGCUCAAAGGUUUCGAAUGGCAAGGGACAAAUUGCAUUCUACUGCAGCUCCAGACCUGAAGAUGAAACUCAUUAGUCAAAGACAAACAGACGGAAGGUUGUAUAACUUACCAACUACCACUGAAGUUGCUGCCUUGAUUGUUGGUGAUGAACACUCAGCUGAUAAAAGAGAUAUUAUAAUAGAAAAACAAUUCGUACUUCUGAAGAGAAUACAUGAACUUCAUCCGGCAUAUUUGCCUUUGCAAUAUCCACUUUUAUACCCAAAAGGAGAAGAUGGUUACAGACUAAAUAUACCUCACAAAGAUCAUGCCAAUAUACAUGCUGCAAAGAGGAAACAAGUCACAUUGCACGAAUAUUUUUGUUACCGCCUACAGUCAAGAACAAAUGAAGCACAGACUAUACUUCAUUCCAGAAGAUUAUUUCGGCAAUGGAUUGUUGAUGGAUAUUGUAUGAUUGAGUCUCAAAAACUAAACUAUGUCAAAAAACAUCAACAACAACUCAGGGUUGACAAAUACAUCAAUUUAACUGGCUCUAAUGAUCAUUUUGAAACACUUGGUAGGGACAGAGGAAAGAGAAUCAUACUACCAAGUAGUUUUGUUGGUAGUCAAAGAUAUAUGGAGCAACUGUAUUUUGAUGGCAUGGCAAUUUGUGGACAUCUUGGAUUUCCUGACUUAUUCUUAACAAUGACAUGUAAUCCAACAUGGCCAGAAAUACAACGUAAGGUCACACAAUCCAAUCUGACCCCUAAUAAUUGCCCUGAUAUUAUCACACGAGUUUUCAAAAUAAAACUCAAUCAAUUAAUGAAUGACUUAAAACAUGGCAAUAUCUUUGGCAACAUUAUUGGAUGUAAGUAAUAAAAAAUUCUAUGACUUUUUCCCUACUUUCUAAAUUGAUGUUUAUAAUAUCACUGAUGCAAGUUUAUUACAAAUAUUUAUACAAUUGAGUGACAAAAAAGAGGAUUGCC